CUCGAGACCAAUUGCAGUUUGCCUUUGGUUUCUCUUUUCCCACAAAAGCCAUUCCAGGCCUAAUCAGUUAGCAGAGAUCAUUAGCAUCCCUAAAUCUCUUCCUUCUUUAAACAUUGACUUGAAAAAGACUUUUUCUUACAUCUUAUUUAAUAAUGGCAUUCUUGCUUGGUUUUAUUUACUGGGUGUUUUAUUUUACUGGGUGUUUUAUUUGUGCUGUGGUUGGAAAACCAUUAAAAUUAUCUCUGCUAAAAGAAUUUCCAAGGUGGCAGAAAUGGGGGAGAUGCCUAAUUUUUUUGCUUAUGGUUUUUUUUUUAAGUGUUACCGUUAUCUCCAUUCCAAUGAGGAAGUACAAGCAAGAUUUUUUUUUUUUUGUAAAGAUAAAUUUCGAACUGAAAACAGUAUUUAUAGUAGGCUAUGUGAAAAUAUUUUUUUCCUAUGCAGUUGAUGACUGUCUUGUGUUGUGGACCAAAUGUCUUUUUGUUGAGUUAACAAGUAAUUUUGGAUGGCUGUUAAACUGAUGACAUUUGAUUCCAUGAAAAUCAGUCAUUUAAUUUUUAUCAAAUUUCUGCACUAUCACAACUGCUGACAUCAGACCUGCUGUGGUUUUAUUACAAAUUAGGCAAAAAUACACUGCCAGAGGAUUGUAGUUGGUAAGGUAGACAAUUUUGAAAUUGUGAUUUGGUUUUGCCUGAUGUUUGGAAUCACCAGAUUUUGAAGCAGCCAGAUGAUGUUUGUGUGUAUGGUGGUGAUAUAGUGUGGUAUUUGUGAAGCUGUGGCAACAGGACAUAGGUGAGAGCAUUGAUAGUGCCCCAGGGAAAGUUCUGUCAUGGUCCUCUUGUUUGCUUUGAUGAUUUUUGUCUUCAUUUUAUGCAGAGAUGGUACAGUAAUUUACCAUGUUAGUGAAUUUUGUUAUAAAAUGGAAAGAAAGAGCCUAUUAGCAUUGAUGCUUUUGCUUCUUAACUUUUUUGAAAACUAAGUUCUUUGCAUAAUCUCGAAUAUCUUAGGGACCUAAACAGAAUCUUUAACCUCGUUUGGUAACUCCAGGAGUCUGUUCCUACCAUCCACUGUUGAAAUUUCUGUCAGUUUUAGAGACACUUUUUCAUGUUACUGAUGGAAAUAUGAUGGUUAGCUUAGAUAUUCUAAGAAUGAAACCUGAUUUAUGUACAGAAAAUUGUUAGCUGCUGUAUGCAGUUGUGGAUGAAAUGGAGAUUUGUGUCUUAAGAAAGCUGCUAUUUGGAGGAUCUCCACUAGAAAUAGUCACAGGCAAUGCUUCAGUUCAUUUACUUAAAAUAGCUGGGGGAAAAAAUCAAUCUUCGACUAUUUUAAGGUUUUAGUUUGCUACUGCAUCAUCUGGGGACUUGUAGAUGGCAUGACUUUGUUUGAUCUUAUGCGUUUUCUGUGGAGUGUUUUGAGUAGCAAGAUGAUUUUUUUACAUCAUCUGAACUUAAAAUAUUUAUGUUCUCUUACUGCUGGACUAUUUCUAAUAUAUCAAAAUUAACCAAUGCUGAGCUUAAAAGAUUCUUGAAGAUACCUUUGGUUAGUUUACAAUUGGGUAAUAUAAAACAAGUUUCCAAUUUUUUAUUUAAAAGUCUUUUAAAGCAACUGUAAACAGCUCAGGCUAUACUUGUACUUUAUUGUGCUGUAAAACCUCUGACCUUUAGCGAGCAUCGACAGCCUCAUAAACAGAAAACCAAGUAUUUCUUUCCCAAACUAUUGAUUUCCAAUUGACACAGAAAAAGCAUAUUGUUAUUCUUCUUAUUCCAUUUUAAGGCCUUGACACUAGAAAUGAGGCUUCAGAGAAUGAUGUAAUAACAGAUGAUUCUUCAGUUCUUAAGGAUUGUUUUUAAUAAGACAACUGUUGCUGUUUGAUAGUUGAAAACAGGUAGAUAGUUUGGGUUUGGCCCAGUGAUCUGACUGACUUUAUGACUUAAAGGUAUUUUCAAUAGAUACAUACAGAAUAAUAUUAGACAGAUUAUGUGGUGAUGCAGACUUUUGUACUAUGUGUGCAUUUCCUAGAAUUGUUGGAAGUUUUCUAAAGGCAUAGUUAAAAGUGAGUGAAAAAUCUGUGCGGAAAAAAAAAGUGCAAGAUGUCAAAAGGAGCUGAUAAAGGAUGAUGGGUGACCAUGCAAUAGAACAAGGUGAGGAGAGCAAGGGCAGGUUUGGGGGUUGUAGUUCAAAGGAUAAAAUGUCUGGAAGUUGUGGGAGGGUGCUGGUGUGGGCACACGGACACCGAAUUUUCUGAAUAUCAGCCCUAGAGACGGCUCAAGAGCCGGGAGGAGGUUUUCUGCUGUCAGUUGAGUUUCUCUGAAUGAUGAAAGCUAAGCCAACAAAGUCUUCGUCAGCAUAGUUGUUUCUACAGAGCUUUUGCUGGUACAGCAAUGUCAUGUGAGAAGGGCAUUCAUUUUUCCCCUCCCAAGCCAACAGAACUAUGCUAGCAAAAACUAAAGAUAUGUCAUGCUGUAUUUCAUAAGCAUUUCUAAAUAGUUCUUUCCUCAUGCCUUUGGACAGGCGUGUUCUUUGGGGGACGAGAGGCUUAGCCAUUCAACAGAUGGAUUUUCCACUAACCUAAUGCUCUGCUCUCUCUGAGGUAUGGCAUUUUGGAAAGGUUAAUGCUCUAAUAGUGUUCAAGCUGAAAUGGCUUUUGUCUGCCAAGGUAUGUUACCCUGUGCAGAUGCUUGCCCGGAGACAAUCAUAUAAAAAAUAGUGUUCACUGAACUGUUUUGAAGUCUGCCUGGGAAAUUAUUUUUUUCUUCUCUUUCUAAAGCUACCAAAAAAAAAAAAAAAAAAAAAAAAAAAAGGGAGAAUAGAUCCUGAUAGAGCUACAACUUUAAAUAGUAUAUAAACCAUUUAAGAUUAUUUUUGUUACCUUAAUGAGGGUGGCCUAGCCACAGAGCUGUGUUUUAUAAUAACAGUAUGUGAAUGUUAGCCAGGCUGGUUUUCAUUCACCACAGACUGUUCAAUGCUAGAACUGUCAUUUCAUCAGAAACCCUGCAACUUGGACUGCCAUUGUUCUUCAUGUUGCGUAGCUCCUCUAGUCAAAACAAGGACUGUAGUGGGAAUUUUUUUCCUUAGGUAGUAUCCUGGUAUGCCCAACCUCUUCCUUUUCUAAAUGGUGAAAAGAACAGUAAAUCUGGCUGUAGUCUGCCAGAUUUAAUAGCGAGCUGGAAACACCUUAUAAGAAUCCCUUUGUCAUGUUCCACUGAAGCAGGAGCUACAUCCAGAGAACUUUCAUUUUCCAGGAGGAAACCAAAGGUGUUUACUUCCUUUGAUGUACCUGGCUCUGAUCAUUUGUAUCAAGGUGAAGUGCAAGAAGGGAACUAAGAGGAGAGAAUGACAGUGCUUUGUGCAGAAUGGAACAGCUGAGCCUCCUGGGAGCCAGGGCACUCUGAAGAAGCACUGGGUAGUGGCAGAGUUUUUUCAGGGUACAUUUCAAGUUUUAUUUUUUGAGUUUAUGGAUAACAAAUUCAACAAACUCCUGAUUUCCAGAGGUAUUUGGAUACUGCAGUUUCCUAUCAAUAUGUAGAAUAAAAGACUGCUCUGCUCUUGCUUGUCAUUAAAUAUCUUAUUCUCAUUUAUGCAACUACAUUCCUGAAGGAAUUGUCUUGUUAUUCUUUGUCACUGUCAGCUCAGUGUUUCUAUUGCAUUCAGGAGUGAACUUACAGGAGAAGGUGAGGCAGGAUUAAAGAGCCUUAGAGUAUUGCUCAGAAUUUAAAAUAUAAAAGGAGGGGGAGGGAUAGUUGCUAAUAAUACACCUUGGCUUCUCACAUGCCUAUUCCUGUGAAAGGUGUCCUCUUUAACAGCCUGUCAACUGUCUUAUGAGCAGUGGUAGUAUCCUAUCUGAGGCCCUGAGUGUGAAAAAGAAGGGCACUAUAUUGCUCUGUAAGAGAGGUUGUAGCAUGCCAAAUGUCCCAGUAAAAGAAAGAAGGUAUUUAAGAAGAGUAGGGGCAAGUUUCAGGUUUUGUUUCUAGUGUUGAGCAUUAUUGUUGUCCAAAUGACACCCUGUGUGCUGAGGUGUGUGUAUGUCUGGAGUGGAUGUUUGACGGGUCUGCUCUGGUGCUUUAAGGCUGUCUCUGCCUUUGCUUCCUCUCUCCAGGCUGUACCAGUGAGGGGAGGUGGGGUGGUGAUGCCUUGGUCCCAGGGGUGCCCCGGGGCAGGCAGUGCCAGUCCCUGUGAGCCCAGGGAAGGAAGGAGGGAGGGAGGGAGUGUAAGCCUGUGCUCUGCUGCUGCUGGAGCAGCCAGAGGGGCAGGACACUAAACAGGAGGGGCAGAUCUCUUGUAUAAAAUUGUAGCAAGAUAAACUAGAGCAAGACCUGGGACAGCCUUUUAUUGGGUUCACUUCUGGGGGAUUUUCCUUCCAAAUUGGAGGAAACUUUGUCGAGAAAGUCUGCAAAUGGCUUCUGGUGCAUUUGGUUCUAUUUCUGUCCAGUUAAUUUUUUAAUGAUGUCUACACUUUGUAGCAGGACAUAAUGUACACAGACAGUGAGAUGCAUUCAGUCCCUAAUUAAUUUUGGAGGAGGUAGAAUAGCUGCACAUUAUACUUUUGUAUUCUGAUUUAUCAUACUCUUUCUUUGAAAAUCUGAUUACCAAGUACCUUGGUAAAUUGAAUCAAAUAAGAAGUAUCUUCUAAUACUAAUGGAGUAAAUAGCAUUUAGUUGUUAACUGAUUAAUGUAGAACUUCAAAAUCUGUGUAAAUAGCAUCAUCAAGAAAAGCAUAAAUCUUUGAUUUAAGUGUAUUUAAAUCAUUGCAGCAUGGAUUCACUUGGAUAGCAUUUUCCAGUAAAGAAAACUAGAGAAUCUUUUAGAUUCAUGCUUCAAAAGUGGACCAAUUUCUCAUUUGUUUGUUUCUAAUAAUUGUUUUACUUAAGAUCAGACCGGCACAAUAUCAGAGUUCAGUAGGCAGGCCAGGACUCUUUGCUCCCUAGCUGGUCAUUUAAUGGGUCUCAAGCUUUAGCCAUGACAUGCAGAAAGCAGGAGUGUGCUGACUUUUCUGGAAACAGGGAACAGCUGUCUCUGCUUAAUUCCAGUUUAUAUUUCUGAUAAUUGUACAAAGCUGCUUUGAAUUUUCUGUUAGAUGAACGGCAGUCUUGGUAUCAGCUGCUACAUUUUUACAGGUGCUGGGUAAUAUAUUUUAACAGCCUGGGCCACUGAGGCACUAGUUACGAGGGAGAGCAAAAUUGCAGACCUUAGCAUAUGGCUCCUGGAUCGUCCAUGAGCACAGCCUGGUCUGUUUGUGGGCAGGAGAAUUGUUGCUCCCUCUGGAAUCCUCCCUCGCUUUCCAAGUCAGGAUUUUCAAGGUUGUGUGGGGUUGCUUUUGUUUGUUUUUUCUUCUUUCCUCUCCUUCAUCACCUUGGGCACUUUUCUCCAGUCCUUUUCCCACCUCUGCCUUAACAGAAGUUUCCCAGGGGGGACUAAUUUGUUCCAAAUAUAGAUAUUUGCCAAGUUGUCCACCUUUUGUCUCAGGAUUCAUCUCCAGGCUCUCAGCUACUAGGUAAUAACAUUAAUUUGCACCUUCUCGUUGCUUUAUUUGAGUUGGGCUGGCUGUUGAAAUGCCCUUACUGGAGCUGCUGGGGCAGAGCUGAAAGUCACCCCUGCAGAAAGAGCUGUACAGCUGCUGCUGUUCUUCCUGGGGCUUUGUGCCUGCUGCCCAGGGCUGCCAUAAAUGUCCUGUGCACCCCCAUAGCUCGUUAGCCCAACAGAACCUGCCCUAGCCAAAGAGCUUCAUGGUUCUGGGUCACUUUCACAGGGAAUCAUACCAUGGAAAUGUUGGCAAACACCAGAGCUGGUGGAAAGGUGGAGGUGGGACUACACCUGGAGACCGUGGGGCAGAGGCUGUAGGGAGCAGAAGGAAGAAGCGGGAGCUCCCUUUAUGAGUUCUCCCUUGAUUUGGGUGUCUCAGACACCUUGCCAAAAUUAAUUGCUACCAAGAGCUGUGUGUAGGCAGUGGUCUGCAGGGAUUAAGCAGUAGCUGGAUGCAAUAUUUUUUUUAGUUAUACCCAUAGUUUUUAUUAAGAUAAUAUUGAUUGAUACCUUUCUGCUUAAGGUAUAAACAUUUUCCUCUUUCACCCUAGCAAAGCAACAUAUGUAACUUUGAGUGUUUUCAGUGAGAGUUCUAGUCACAGGAACCCUGAGGUUAUGAUGUUAAUAUAGGUUUGUUUAUAUAAUUGAUGUGAAAAGCAGCUGGAAAAAGCGCUUGUUGUGCAGGUUUCUUACAUGAAUCUUCAAAGUUCGGUUUUCCUAGGAAAGGUCCUGACUUUUCUUAAAAGAAAAUUUAAGCACUUCCACGUCCAAGAAAGGUUUAUGCUACUGUUAUGUCAGGGAUAAAGCAAAACUUCUCCCACAGAGUUUGGAGGAUUCAUCCAUCGGUUCUUCCACUUGAAGGAGGGAGUUGUGUACAAACUUGCUGGGGAAGUUGUGGGAAGAGGCCAGUGUUUGUUGGUUGCAGGAAUUCUGUUGAUUUAUCAAUUUACAGAAGCUUGUUUAAGAAAUAAAUUUUCACUUUACCUGUCCACAUUCCUUUUUCACGUUAUUUUUCCAAAGUGUCUACUUUGCAUGUUGAACAUAGAUUUUUUUUCAUCCCCACCCUUCUAAUCCUAUUUUCUGCCCUGAAUUUGAUAGAUACAAUUUAUUUUGACAGUCAUUCCUGGGGUCUUUUGAGAACAAUUAUAUCAAUAAUUAAAGAAAAAAAUCACCUUAUUUUACCGUCUCUUUAGAAGAAAAAGAAUGUAUUGCUUCUGUCAUGGGCAGUGCAAAGCUUCCUAUCUCCAUCUACGCUGCCAGCAGGGAGCUGGAACUCCUGAUGCCUCUUAGAGAAAUUGGAUUAAGUGGGGUAGAUCCUAGAUCCUAUUCCCAGAAAUAUCUCUGCUCACUACAAGUCAGUUUAGUGGGUUUACAUAUAGUAAUUUUCAGAACUGACUUGAAACACAAGGGUUGCAUUACCAAUCUCAAUGAAUCUAUGGCUGCUAUUAUUAAAAAAUAAUCAGGCAUUCAAAAGGGAUGUUCUUGCUGAUUCAAGACCAAACAGUUCUGUCCAGGACUCUACACUGGGGAUAAGGACAUGGGACUCCUCCUGCCAGAUUCCAGCUGGUUCAUCACAACUGACAUCUUGGCUGACAACUGUGAAAAGGAUCUUCGGAUUAUUCUAUUUUAUUUUUGUGGGAGACCACAAUCCCCAAACUCUAGGACAUAUCAGGUUCCGUAUUUCUUGUAGAAUUUUAAAAUAACCUUUUCUAAUGAGGAUGUCUGAUAUUCUUACUGUAAAAGAUGAAACUGAUGCAAUGAAGGGUUCAGAAGCUGAAUUUAAAGAUACAGACCCAGUUGAAAACCUAAAAAAAUCAGGAAGUCAGGAAGAGAUUCAAGUGGAAAAGGAUGAAAAUUGUCCUGAUAACAAAAACAACAUGCCGCGGCCAGCGCAGUCCUUUGGACAGACGGCCAAAAGGUCCAAGUCAAACACAAAGUUAAAGUUAGUUCGGAGCCUUGCUGUAUGUGAAGAAUAUCCACCACCUCCCACAGCUGAAAUAUCCCAGGACCUCCAGGAGAAAAUUCAGAUCCAGUUGUCACAGUCUUUUGAAAAAGAAGAAAAACCUGCAAAAGAUGAAUCAGAAAAGGAAAAAUCCAGUGAUAAACUGUCCAGAAAAAUGUUAUCAAGAGAUUCCAGCCAGGAGUAUACAGAUUCCACUGGUAUAGAUCUUCAUGAAUUUUUAGUAAAUACAUUAAAAAACAAUCCCAGGGACAGAAUGAUGCUGCUGAAAUUAGAACAGGAAAUUUUAGAUUUCAUUGGUAAUAAUGAAGUACCAAGAAAAAAGUUUCCCCCUAUGACAUCUUACCAUAGAAUGCUGUUGCACAGGGUAGCUGCUUACUUUGGAUUAGAGCACAACGUGGACCAGAGUGGGAAGUCAGUCAUAGUAAAUAAAACUAGCAAUACAAGAAUACCUGACCAAAAGUUUUGUGAGCAUAUAAAGGAUGAGAAGAGCGAUGACUUCCAGAAGCGGUACAUCCUUAAGAGAGAUAACUCUAGUUUAGACAAAGAUGACAACCAGAUGAGAAUACGAUUAAAAGAUGACAGAAGAAGUAAAUCUAUAGAAGAACGUGAAGAAGAAUAUCAGAGAGCUAGAGAAAGGAUAUUUGCACAAGAUUCCCUGUGUUCCCAAGAGAAUUAUUUCACUGAUAAAAGAAUCCAGGAGGAAGAAACUAAUAGUACACAACAAAGACGACAGAUACUUAGAAUCAAUAAGGAGGCAUCGGGGAGAUCGGCCAACAGCCACCCGAGCAGCACGGAGACGGAGCCGCGGCCCUGGAGCAGCACCGACUCCGACAGCUCCCUGCGCAACCUGAAGCCCGCCGUCACCAAGGCCAGCAGCUUCAGCGGCAUCUCGGUGCUGAGCCGCGGGGACAGCUCUGGCAGCAGCAAGAGCACGGGCAGGCUGUCCAAAACAGGUUCAGAGUCUUCUAGUAGUGUAGGGUCCUCCACGGGUUCUCUCUCUCACAGCCAGCAGCCUCUUCCAGUGCCAGCUCUAAGCCAGCCCUCCCCUGGCACGCCUGCUGUGUAUCCAACUGUCAGCUCUAGUAACUCUCUUUCCUUUGAUGGUGGCAUGAGCGGGCAAGUGGCACCUGCUGCUAGCAGUAGCUUCUUUCUGCUUCCCUUGGAAGCAGCGGGCAUCCCACCUGGCAGUGUGCUGGUCAACCCUCAAACAGGUCAGCCGUUCCUCAAUCCCGAUGGCACUCCGGUUGUGUACAACCCUCCCCUGCCUCAGCAGCCUGUUAGGAGCCAAGUGCCUGGAGCUGCACCUCAGCCAGCCCUGCCCAGCCCCACGCAGCACCAGCCCGGAGCAAACCCCGUCCUCUCACAGCCUCUGCGGGCUCUGCAGCCUUCCUCCCAGCCUGUCCAGUACUCUGCAGUGUCGUACCCACCCCCGCUCCUGCCAGCCUCCUCUGCACAGCAAUACUCUGUGCAAGACAACCUGGGAUCGCAGUUCAGCCACCUGAGCCUGGCGCGGCAGCCCCCGGCCGAAGGCGCCGAGCCCGGCCCGGCGCUGUUCCAGCCGGGCGUGGUGCUGCAGCCCCCGCAGCAGCCGGGCUACAUCCUCACUGCCGCGCCCGCAGCGCCCGCAGCGCCGCCCGCGCCCGCCCCGGCCUUCUCGGGCCCCGGGCACCCCGUGGGCCAGCCCGUGCUCCCGCAGCAGGGAUACGUGCAGCAGCCCGUGCCACAGAUGCCCCCCUGUUACUGUACCCCCAGCCAGUACCCGCACUCCAGCCAGCAGUACCGCCCUGUUUCUGUCCAUUACAGCACGCAGCAGAGCCAGGCCCUGCCCCAGCCUGGCCAGCAGACAGGUUACCAGAUUUUGCCCAACCAGCAGCAAAACUACCAGGGUUUAGUUGGAGUUCAGCAGUCUCAGAAUCAAAAUCUAGUCAGUGGCCAACACAACAACAUUGGGAAUCAAAUUCAAGGUGUGAUUGUUCCAUAUCCCUCAGUGCCAUCUUAUCAGGUUUCGGUGCCUCAAGGUUCCCAAGCAGUGCCCCAGCAGACAUAUCAGCAGCCUGUCAUAAUUCCCAGUCAGUCCAGCCAAGGACUGCCCACCACAGGAAUGCCAGUCUACUACAGUGUCAUUCCAUCAGGUCAACAGAACAAUCUAAGUUCAUCUGUAGGAUAUCUGCAGCCUCCUGGAUCAGAGCAGAUACAGUUUCCUAGAACAUCAUCACCGUGCAACUCACAGCAGCUUCAAGGACAGCAGUGUGCAGUUUAUAGCAACCAUUCAAGUCAGAAGCCAUCACCUCCUACAUUAUUGCCACCUUCAUCCAAGUCAAAGCCACAGCAGGCUGCUUCCAUUGUGCACUACAGCAUAGUGUCUCCACCCUCAUCAUGUAAAAGUUCACCCACUGGUCUUUCCAUCAUGCAGCCAAAAAAAGCCGUGGCGCCGCCGCCCGCCGGGGGGGUGGUGAUGAUGCAGCUCAACGUGCCCGGCAGCGCCGCGCCGCGGAACCCGUCCCCGCCGCAGAGGAAAGCCGGCAAGUACUACUGUGAGCACCCCCGCGGGCACAAGGCCACGGAACUCAGCACUUUAGACGGUGCUGCACAGCUGCAGCAUAGUCCUCAGUUGGGCAGCCCUGCCACCUCACCGGCCCAGUCACCAGCACCAGCCCAGCUGUCAAACAUGAAGAACAUCCGUCCCACACUGACACCUCUUUCUAUCGUGUCCCAGUUUUCUAGACCUUUUGUCCCUGGACAAGGAGAUGCCAGAUACCCAUUGCUUGGCCAACCCCUGCAAUACAAUCCAUCUUUGUUACGUGGACAAGUAACAAGCCAACAGUGUCAGCCUGGAAACAGACAUGGAAACAGGGGAAAGAAACCAGCAAAGAAGGCUGCUUCAGCAGAUCUUGGUGCAGGAGAACCAGUUGUGGGGAAAGUUCUAGAAAUUACUGAGCUGCCAGAAGGCAUAACUCGUAUGGAAGCAGAGAAACUCUUUGGAGAACUGUUGAAAGUGGGUGCCAAGAUCCGGUGGCUGAGGGAUUCCCAGUGCCUGCAGCAGCAGCAGCAGCGGCGGCUCUGCGGGGACGGCGGCGGGGGCCCGGAGCCCGCGCGGGCCGGGGACUUGGCGUCCACCUACACGGUUCUGGCCACCUUCCCCAGCAUGGCGGCCGCGCAGAGCGCGCUCAAGAGACAGAGCGGCACGGCGGCCAGCAAGUUCCGCCUGAGGAGCAGCAAGAAGCACUACGACUUCCACGUCCUGGAGAGGGCCAGCUCUCAGUAGCAGCGACACCGCUGGACGCUCGGCCGUGACUACUUCCGUGUCCUCCCUCCUCGAUCGGUUUGAUGUCAUGGGGUUUCUGUUCUCUUCCUAGAGACUCCUGGGAUGUUUUGUCACGUGACAUUCGCCAUUGAAGAAUAAAUAACCCAGCGAAUCCAGCAAGAUGAAGAAAAAAAUUUACAGAGUUACUCCCAGACAAUAGCAAGGAAUCAUCUUUGCGACAGGCAGCUUUCUGUAAGGAACGCUGCUGAAAUGCCCCCUACUUUUAUAGUAGUUUUGUUUUAUAUUUUUGAAAUCUUGUAUCAGAUCCAAAGUUCUAUUGUACAGCAGAUGUUCAUAAAAAUCCAUAUGCAGAUUUGUAUUUUAUAAUCCCUUUUCACAGCCAGCACACAGCAGUCCAUUCCAAGGCAGGAACCUGAGUAUUGGUGGAGGGGAAAAGAGAACCAUUCUCAAGGAAUUAUAUUCAUUUUCUAGCAAACUACCCAACAUCUUCACGUUAACCUGUUCUUUGCCCCUCAUGUGUUUUUUCUUUUCUUCUUUCUUUUUUUCCUCUUUGUCCUCUUUUUUUUCUUUUUCUUCUUUUUCUGUUUUUCUUUAAGAAAAAAAGAAUAUCAUUUUAGUAACUAACUCCUUAGGUGGUCCUUGUCUUUUGCAAUAUAUUCAAACAAUGUCAAAAGAAAUUACAAGUUUGUACCCUUGAAGAUUUUGCUUCUGAUCCAGCAAGUUUAAUAAUUACUGGAAGGGGAUUAUGAAUAGGUUACAAAGAAUGUUCACUGAAUCACAUUUUAAUAUUUCUUUUUAACAAAAGUGUGAAGAAACUUUAUGUAUCUUCAUACAAGUGACAAAAUGUUUGCACUUUAAUUGUGUUCCCACCAGUAUGGGUCUCUUUCUCUUCCUUUUCAUGCUAAGAUAAUUGUGUUUGGUAAGUGCUGGAAACCUUUUUAAUAGUUUAAGUUUUCAUCAUUUGCAGAUGCUCACUGGACAUUAAAGAUUCAUUGCACAUAAACGAAACAAAACUUUUUUCAACUUGUGUAAUUUGCAAGUCUGUACAAUGUGUGCUGAUGCAAGCCUUUUUCAGUUCAAAAGAAUAAAUGUUUACAAACACAAACUUUUUCAGUGCACUUGUUUAAGCUUCUAGGAGUCUUGUGAAACCUGGAUGAACUCAUGUUAAUGGCUGGAAUCCUUUCAAAUGUGAGAAAAGAACUUAAUAGAACCUCUUAAAAACCACCUGCUGUUCCUCCUCUGGCAUUUAUGUUAUCCAGCCCUUCAUAAUAUUUAAAUGUUUCUCUAUAUAAAAAAGAGAAAUUAAUCAGAUGCUGUAAGGGACUGCUCCUGAUUUUCUAUUUUUAGCUCAGGAACUGAUUUGCUGUGUAGACGAGAAACACCUUGGUCACUUCCUAAGGCUAUCAUUUUGUGCAUUUGUGACUUCUGAAAGAGGAAACUCAAGGUAAACUUUGUGUUUAAAAACAUUUUACAGGGGGUGAAGGUGAAGAAUUAAGGCGCCUAAACCAGCACUGAUUUUCAUUUUUUAUACAAAUUAUUCUAUCCCUGAACACCCAAAGAGUGAUGAAGUACUUGGAGGAAAACCUAGAAAAUUGACCUGUCUGGGAAUAAUGUAGCCAAUGAAUUAGUUUCAUGGGACUUGAUUCUGUGAAAUGCUGUAGCAACAGGUAUUUACUAAAGGUCACCUUAGACGCUCCCCUAAAACAAAGGGGAGGAAGUUCACCUUCAAGUCCCCAGGUAAAAGCCAAGUUACUCAUUCCAGUCUGCUUUCUGAAAGGAUGCUACUUGGCAUUCAAGCUGUGCUUCACUGAGGGUGUAUUCCUUGCUGCUCGUCGGGCUGGGCUGCUGCAGUUUACUGCACCCGAAGCUCCAGUUUAUCCAUUACCCCCUCUGAACAGCACAGACAGCAUGACUACGCCUGCGUUCUGUCCCUGCCUCUUGCUGAUGGCCAUGCUAGUUGAGGAUUAUGGUUUAAUCCUGUAAAAGUGGCUGAGAUUAAAGGGCUGUAGGGACAGGUGUCCCAGCCCAGCAAGGCAGCUGCCUCCCACCAUUAACUCAUUCUACAACAAGAUUCUUCCAAGAUAUAGAAGGGUGGGCAGUCGCUGAGAGCUUCCAUCUAUCCUGAAUGACCCCAGCACUGAAUCUGCAUCAAACCAAACCCUUUCCAAAGGAUGGUGCAUGGCUCGCUGCAUCUCAUAAACUGCCCUCCUGAUAAACAGAGAAGGUAAGCAUGGGGAGUGCAGCCCAAACAACAGGAAGGGAGGGAUACACUGCUUAGGAAUAAGGCACAGAAAGUAUUUAAUUUUUAUCAAAGAAGUUAUAAACUUGAAUGCAAGUCACCCCAGAAGAAAAAAAUCACAACGUAUAAGAAGCCAGUUGUAUUCCAAUGCAGAAACUGACCCUGUGCAGUUAGGUGUGCCUCCUUUCUGAGUAUGUUUCACUCUGUGUUAAACAGGGGUGGUUACGUUAUUUUAUCUGGAUGUGCUGAUAUGAGUCACACAGGUGCAAUCCACAGGACUCUGGCACUGCCAGAUUCCCACUUCACAGUUGAGUUUAUUCCUGGGUUUGUGCUAUUUCAUACUUUAUCCAGUAAGCAAACAAUGCAAACUCAUCUAACCAAGACACUUUAUACCUUCCUGGCCUUUAUACCCUUCUGCCCCUUUUGGUUCCUUAAACCACACAGGCCCAGGCACUAUGUGCAAAACCCCUGGAAUUGCAUUUGUUCCACGCAUUUGGAUCACAGUCUAGAAAGCAAAUAAAAGCACUUUAUGCAUGUAAUAGAGGCAUGUAAAAUGCAUUCUCGUGUUCUAAACAAAUCUUUUAGUACUCCAGUGGAUUUGAGCUUCCUCUCAUUUACCAUUAAAGCUAUUUUAAAGCAAAUACUGACAAAAGCAAUUAAGUGAGGCCUUCCAUUGCAACAAUAUAAUAUGUUUUGUUCUACUGAGAGCAUGUCUUAACUUUUAGAGCUAAGGAAAAGCACUGGAAGAACAGGCAGAAAAGCCGAACAAAUGCAGCCAGAAAAGCCAACAAAUGCACUCCACUAAAAGUUACUAUUUCUUGAUUUCAACUUUUAAUUAACACACUUAUAUUGUAAAAUUCCUCCCUGAACUGUGAACAUUUCAUAUAAUGUCUGAUAUUACAGUCAAAAAAGGAGAAUUAAAACUUAAGAAUAUAAAUAUAAGUGCCAUACUUUGAGGACUGCCCAAACCACAUGGGCCUGAUGCUGGAAUUGGGUAGCUCGUUCCAGCACACCCUGAAACAUCCUCACAGCCCACAUGAGCCUGCCAGGCUGUGGCUGCUGUGCUUUGGAAAGGCAGGGCUGGUUGGGAACAAGCAUCUUGCAUCUUCCCUGGCAUUCCUCGCGGAGCUGAUGUCACCUGUUCUAAUAGGAAAUGUUUUCCUUUCACUCACAAACGCUUAGAAAAAUGACACGAAAAGGAGCAGAGUGUCUAUGAGGGCAGAAACCAUGUGCUGUGGUGUACACAGGCUGCGGUGCUUGGGUGUCUCCACCUGCAAGCACCCCUAACCCCUGCAGUGUGAUGUUUGAAGAUGCGGUGGUACAGGGCAGCUGUUUGCAGACGGGUUUUAUCAAAGCACCAGAAGAACUGUGUAGCUCAAUGAAUGCAGUAAGGUACCUGGGUACACAACACACCUUCCACAGGGAGAAGUUUUUACCUAUCCUAUCUUCCUGCAAGCCAGUUCCCUGCCAAGGUGGAAUGAAUAGUUGUAUUCUCAUCCUAUGACACUCAUUUGUGCCUUAAAACUUCACACUUGACUUGUCUGUUGUUUUGAGUUCACCUUGUACUAGCUUGGAUUCCUGGAAGGGAGCCAAAAUUACAAAUUUCUAUAAAUACUGUUUACUUCCAUGAUAUAUUUUUUCCACAUAAAAUUGGUGCAGGCUUCAAGUUCCUGUAUUCAGCCCUGAAGCAAAGAAUGUUUAGAUGAAGCUUUGGAGAAAACUGACCAAAACACCUUUCAGUUACAGGUCAUGAAAAAAUUACUGUAGCUGGAAUUUUUAUAUAUGGAAUUUCUAACUAUGAAAGGAAUUAUUUCAAUCCCUCCAAUGUUUCUACAGCUUGGUUUUCAUGAAGGUUGAUGCACUGCCUCUUCUCAAUGUCCUACUCCUAUUCACAUUUAAAACAUUUUGGGUAUUUUGGCUAUUGAUGUCAGUAAGUAUAAAACUAAAGUGCACAAUGUUAAUGUGACUUCAUUUUGGAAGCUUCAUUUCUUGGGUGUAGACCAGAACCCUUAAAAGGGCCUGAUUUCCAGAACAAUCGGAAAAUUAAGCCCCUGUAAGUUAUCUUAUUCUGAAACCUAAGAGCAAAGUCUCCAUCUACAUCCAAGACCUUCAGUGUAAAUUAAGUUGCCUCUUGGAUUCCUUGAAAAUGUGUACAAUUAUGUUCUUACCACGACGUGUAUGAGCCUCCUCUUACUUCAGUGUCUGCCUUGUGUCCUCAGACUCUCAGGGCUGGGGUUUGGCCCUGACUCCGUUCAGCAGCCCUCACUGCAAGGGUUCGUUUUUAUCCUGCUUGCAACUACUUCACAAUGUCUGUCAAAAUUUGUCGGGUUUAAAGUGGAACUUGCUGAAGACAUGAUUAAGCAUUAAAAUUUGGUCCAGGAAACAAACACUUCAGUGUUUGCUGCUAUUUUUUCAUUUUCCAGUCCCACUGGUAAAGCUCAUGCACCGAGUCAUUAUAUGGGACACUUGCAGCUGCAAGGGACUGUGCCUGCACUUGGGAAGAGAAACCCCAAUGUCAAAUGAGCCUGGUGCUGUAAACCAAAGAGCUGUAGAGGGCAACCUGUGUGUCACCGGCAGCUGUAUGCUUUUAAAACUGGAAUAAGUUAUAAAAAUAAACUGUGUUGCUGUGGAUAA